UUGCCAUGAGGCAGCCAAAAAUAAUACAUAUGGCAUUCAGGAGAGCAGUUGCUAAUUGGCUGCUGCCUGAGAAAAUGGUGCACUUGGCGGCGGCUACUUAACACUGUGGGUUUGGCAGGAAGCCAGAUUUGGGGUCAGGUUGUUGUGAAUGAAGCUGCAUGUGGUUAGGGAGGAGUUCAGAUGAUUCAUGUCUCAGGAGCUGUGUCACUUCAAGUAACCUGUGUGGACCUAACCUUAUUAGACUCUUAUCUCCACGACCUCCCGGCUCAAAGGUGCUCCUCUUACAACAACAUCCUACACUGCUUUUUAAAAAUUUUUAUUGUUUUUAAUUAUUUACUUCUUUUUUUUUUUAAUUUCUAUUUUGUGUUCAUAGGGAAGUAAAACUUUUUUUUUUUUUUUCCUGGAAGUAGCUGGUUUUAAACUUUUUAUCUGAAAUUUUCUUUUAUUGCAGAAGGAAUCUGGAGAGGAGGUAGAAGUUGAAGAGUUCUAUGUGAAAUACAAAAACUUCUCUUAUCUUCACUGUCAGUGGGCAUCUGUAGAAGAUCUGGAGAAAGAUAAGAGAAUCCAACAAAAGAUUAAACGAUUUAAAGCAAAGCAGGGCCAGAACAAAUUUCUUUCCGAGAUUGAAGAUGAGCUUUUUAAUCCAGAUUAUGUGGAGGUUGACCGGAUAAUGGACUUUGCACAUAGCACAGAUGACCGGGGAGAGCCUGUAACUCACUAUCUGGUGAAGUGGUGCUCACUGCCUUAUGAAGAUAGCACUUGGGAGCUAAGGCAGGACAUAGAUCAAGCAAAAAUUGAAGAGUUUGAAAGACUUAUGUCCAGGGAGCCGGAAACAGAACGUGUGGAGCGACCUCCUGCUGACGACUGGAAGAAAUCGGAGAGUUCCAGGGAGUAUAAAAACAAUAACAAACUCAGGGAAUACCAGUUGGAAGGAGUAAACUGGCUGCUUUUCAACUGGUACAACACGCGAAACUGCAUUUUAGCAGAUGAGAUGGGUUUGGGAAAAACUAUCCAGUCCAUUACAUUUCUCUAUGAGAUAUAUUUGAAAGGAAUCCAUGGCCCUUUUUUAGUCAUUGCUCCAUUGUCCACAAUCCCCAACUGGGAAAGGGAAUUCCGAACCUGGACAGAGUUGAAUGUGGUUGUGUAUCAUGGGAGUCAAGCAAGUCGGCGAACCAUUCAGUUGUAUGAAAUGUACUUCAAAGAUCCUCAGGGUCGAGUGAUAAAGGGGUCCUACAAGUUUCAUGCCAUCAUCACUACAUUUGAGAUGAUUUUGACUGACUGUCCUGAGCUGCGAAAUAUCCCAUGGCGCUGUGUAGUCAUCGAUGAAGCCCACAGGCUGAAGAAUAGGAACUGCAAGCUAUUGGAAGGACUCAAGAUGAUGGAUUUGGAACACAAAGUGCUGCUGACAGGGACCCCACUGCAGAACACUGUGGAGGAGCUCUUUAGCUUGCUUCAUUUCUUGGAACCGAGUCGCUUCCCUUCAGAAACCACCUUUAUGCAAGAAUUUGGUGAUCUGAAAACAGAGGAACAGGUGCAAAAACUCCAGGCUAUUCUAAAGCCAAUGAUGUUGAGACGUCUCAAGGAGGAUGUAGAAAAGAACUUGGCCCCAAAGGAAGAAACUAUUAUUGAAGUUGAGCUAACAAACAUUCAGAAGAAAUAUUACCGAGCCAUCCUUGAGAAGAAUUUUACAUUUCUUUCCAAAGGUGGUGGUCAAGCUAACGUACCUAACCUUUUAAACACCAUGAUGGAAUUACGGAAGUGCUGCAAUCAUCCGUACCUUAUCAACGGUGCUGAAGAGAAAAUUUUGGAAGAGUUUAAAGAGACACACAAUGCAGACUCUCCAGAUUUUCAGCUCCAGGCGAUGAUCCAGGCUGCUGGCAAGCUAGUGCUGAUUGACAAGCUGCUGCCAAAACUGAAGGCUGGCGGCCACAGGGUGCUUAUCUUUUCCCAGAUGGUGCGCUGCUUGGACAUCCUGGAAGACUACCUCAUCCAGAGACGGUACCCAUAUGAAAGGAUCGAUGGCCGAGUGAGAGGCAACCUUCGUCAGGCAGCUAUCGACAGAUUCUCCAAACCUGAUUCUGAUAGGUUUGUUUUCCUCCUGUGUACGAGGGCAGGAGGGCUAGGCAUUAAUCUUACUGCUGCUGAUACCUGCAUCAUCUUUGAUUCUGACUGGAAUCCCCAAAAUGAUCUCCAGGCUCAGGCUAGAUGUCAUAGAAUAGGGCAGAGCAAGUCGGUGAAAAUCUACAGGCUGAUUACAAGAAAUUCCUACGAAAGGGAAAUGUUUGACAAGGCUAGCUUGAAGCUUGGUCUGGAUAAAGCCGUGCUGCAGUCCAUGAGCGGAAGGGAGAAUGCCACCAAUGGGGUACAACAGCUUUCCAAGAAAGAGAUAGAAGACCUUCUACGCAAAGGGGCUUAUGGAGCUCUCAUGGAUGAGGAGGACGAAGGGUCAAAGUUCUGUGAGGAGGACAUUGAUCAGAUCCUUCUGCGGCGAACCCACACCAUCACCAUUGAGUCGGAAGGGAAAGGCUCCACAUUCGCCAAGGCAAGUUUCGUUGCAUCUGGAAAUAGGACAGAUAUUUCCUUAGAUGAUCCAAAUUUCUGGCAGAAGUGGGCUAAGAAGGCCGAGCUGGACAUUGAUGCCUUAAAUGGGAGGAACAACCUGGUUAUUGAUACUCCAAGAGUAAGGAAGCAGACCAGACUCUACAGUGCAGUGAAGGAAGAUGAGCUGAUGGAAUUUUCAGACUUGGAAAGUGAUUCUGAAGAGAAGCCUUGCACAAAGCCCCGUCGACCCCAGGACAGGUCCCAGGGCUAUGCAAGGAGUGAGUGCUUUCGCGUUGAGAAGAAUCUGCUUGUCUAUGGUUGGGGACGCUGGACAGACAUCCUUUCCCAUGGACGCUACAAACGUCAGCUCACUGAACAGGAUGUGGAAACCAUCUGCAGAACCAUCCUUGUGUAUUGUCUCAAUCAUUACAAGGGAGAUGAGAAUAUUAAAAGCUUCAUUUGGGAUCUGAUCACUCCCACAGCCGAUGGCCAGACUCGAGCCCUGGUCAACCAUUCCGGUUUAUCCGCCCCAGUGCCAAGAGGCAGGAAGGGAAAGAAAGUGAAAGCCCAGAGUGCACACCCCAUGGUGCAGGAUGCUGACUGGCUGGCUGGCUGCAACCCAGAUGCCCUGUUCCAGGAAGACAGCUAUAAGAAGCAUCUGAAACACCACUGCAACAAGGUCCUGCUGCGUGUCCGCAUGCUGUACUACCUAAGACAAGAAGUUAUAGGAGACCAGGCAGAUAAGAUCCUAGAGGGUGCUGACUCAAGUGAAGCUGAUGUGUGGAUACCCGAACCCUUCCAUGCAGAAGUCCCGACAGAUUGGUGGGAUAAGGAAGCAGAUAAAUCCCUCCUAAUUGGAGUGUUCAAACAUGGCUACGAGAAGUACAAUUCCAUGAGAGCUGACCCUGCACUGUGCUUCCUGGAACGAGUCGGUAUGCCGGAUGCCAAAGCCGUGGCUGCUGAGCAGAGAGGAGCAGACAUGCUAGCAGAUGGUGGUGAUGGGGGAGAAUUUGACAGAGAAGAUGAAGACCCAGAAUAUAAACCAACCAGAACACCAUUCAAGGAUGAAAUAGAUGAAUUUGCCAAUUCUCCAGAAGAUAAGGAAGAGUCUAUGGAAAUGCGUGCCACAGGCAAACAUAGUGAGAGUAAUGCUGAGUUAGGCCAACUUUACUGGCCUAACACUUCAACCCUGACCACCCGUCUGCGCCGGCUCAUUACUGCCUAUCAGCGUAGCUAUAAAAGGCAACAAAUGAGGCAAGAGGCUCUAAUGAAGACUGACCGGCGGAGACGGCGGCCCCGGGAGGAAGUGAGAGCACUAGAAGCGGAAAGGGAAGCUAUCAUAUCAGAGAAACGACAAAAGUGGACACGGAGAGAAGAGGCUGAUUUUUACCGUGUGGUAUCCACCUUUGGAGUAAUUUUUGAUCCCAUGAAACAGCAGUUUGACUGGAACCAGUUCCGAGCCUUUGCCAGACUUGACAAAAAGUCUGAUGAGAGUUUGGAGAAAUACUUCAGUUGUUUUGUGGCCAUGUGCCGGCGAGUGUGUCGGAUGCCUGCUAAACCAGAUGAUGAACCACCUGACCUCUCUUCCAUAAUCGAGCCAAUCACAGAAGAGCGUGCCUCCAGAACUCUCUAUCGCAUCGAACUACUGCGGAAAAUCCGGGAGCAGGUUCUCCACCACCCUCAGCUGGGAGAGAGGCUGAAACUCUGCCAACCGAGUCUGGAUCUACCAGAGUGGUGGGAAUGUGGGAGGCAUGACCGAGACUUGCUGGUGGGUGCUGCUAAGCACGGGGUUAGUCGGACGGAUUAUCACAUCCUUAAUGACCCUGAGUUAUCCUUCCUGGAGGCACACAAAAACUUUGCUCAGAACAGAGGGGCAGGUGGUAUUUCCGCCUUGAACCCACUGACCAUUGGAUUUGGCCAGACUGCCGCUGUCAUUUCCACACAUGUCCCGGAUGAAAAGGUGGUGGGCCAAACUGAAAGCAAAGUGGAGGGCUCAGAAAAUGUAACCACACCAGAGAAAGCAGACAUAAAAGAAGAGGAAGAAGAAGCUGACGGUGGGGAAAAGGACAGUAAACAAGAAUGUGAGACAGAGGCCAGCUCUGUGAAAAAUGGACUGAAAGGUGCGGAAGUCAGUGCAGAUACAGGGCCCAAGUCUAUUUCAGAAAAAGGAUCAGAAGAGGAUGAAGAAGAGAAACUGGAGGACGAUGAUAAGUCAGAAGAGUCUUCCCAAGCUGAGGCAGGAGCUGUCUCUAGAGGGAAGAAUUUUGACGAAGAAAGCAAUGCUUCUAUGAGCACCGCGAGGGAUGAGACCCGCGAUGGGUUCUACAUGGAGGAUGGAGACCCUUCAGUGGCUCAGCUUCUCCAUGAAAGAACAUUUGCCUUCUCAUUUUGGCCUAAGGAUCGAGUAAUGAUAAACCGAUUAGACAACAUCUGCGAAGCAGUGUUGAAAGGCAAAUGGCCGGUAAAUAGGCGCCAGAUGUUUGAUUUCCAGGGUCUCCUCCCUGGCUACACGCCACCCACUGUGGACAGUCCCCUGCAGAAGAGGAGCUUCACUGAGCUCUCCAUGGUUGGUCAGGCGAGCAUUAGCGGGAGUGAGGACCUCACAGCUUCUCCUCAGUUGUCCAAAGAAGAUGCCCUCAACCUCUCUGUCCCUCGCCAGCGGAGGAGGAGGAGGAGGAAAAUUGAAAUCGAGGCUGAAAGAGCUGCCAAGAGGCGAAACCUCAUGGAGAUGGUGGCCCAACUGCGGGAGUCUCAGGUGGUCUCAGAAAACGGACAAGAAAAAGUUGUAGAUUUAUCAAAGGCCUCACAAGAGGCGGCAAGCUCUACCUCAAAUUUUUCAUCUCUUACUUCAAAAUUUAUCUUGCCUAAUGUCUCAACACCAGCGUCUGAUGCCUUUAAGACUCAAAUGGAACUGCUCCAGGCAGGCCUGUCCCGCACACCCACAAGGCAUCUGCUAAAUGGCUCCCUAGUGGAUGGAGAGCCUCCCAUGAAGAGGAGGCGGGGAAGGAGGAAAAACGUAGAAGGCCUUGAUCUGCUUUUCAUGAGCCACAAACGGACGUCAUUGAGUUCAGAGGAUGCUGAGGUGACCAAAGCUUUCGAAGAAGAUAUAGAGACUCCACCAACAAGAAACAUUCCUUCUCCUGGACAGCUGGACCCUGACACACGGAUCCCUGUUAUGAAUCUUGAAGAUGGGACUAGGCUAGUAGGGGAAGAUGCUCCUAGAAACAAGGAUCUAGCUGAAUGGCUGAAGCUGCAUCCUACUUACACUGUUGAUACGCCAAGUUACGUACCAAAGAAUGCAGAUGUGCUGUUUUCCUCAUUUCAGAAACCGAAACAGAAACGACACAGAUGUCGAAACCCUAAUAAGUUGGAUAUAAACACUUUGACAGGAGAAGAGAGGGUACCUGUUGUCAAUAAGCGAAAUGGGAAGAAGAUGGGUGGAGCUAUGGCGCCUCCAAUGAAGGAUCUACCUAGGUGGCUAGAAGAAAACCCUGAAUUUGCAGUUGCUCCAGACUGGACUGAGAUAGUGAAGCAGUCUGGUUUUGUUCCUGAGUCCAUGUUUGACCGGCUCCUCACUGGACCUGUGGUGAGAGGAGAAGGAGCAAGCCGAAGAGGCAGAAGGCCCAAAAGUGAGAUUGCCAGGGCUGCAGCAGGCAUGGCCUCCACAUCAGGAAUCAACCCUUUGUUGGUGAACAGCUUGUUUGCCGGGAUGGAUCUGACGAGCCUUCAGAAUCUCCAGAGCCUCCAGUCUCUCCAGCUGGCAGGCCUCAUGGGUUUCCCUCCAGGACUGGCUGCCGCUGCGACAGCUGGAGGCGACACUAAGAACCCUGCAGCUGUGCUGCCCCUUGUGCUGCCGGGCAUGGCGGGCCUGCCCAGCGUGUUCGGACUGGGCGGACUGUUGAACAACCCUCUAUCCGCUGCUACUGGAAACACCACUACUGCUUCUAGUCAAGGAGAGCCGGAAGACAGCACUUCAAAAGUAGAGGAGAAAGGAAAUGAGAACGAAGAAGAGAACAAAGACUCGGAGAAAAGCACAGAUGCUGUUUCGGCCUCUGACCCUGCAAAUGGAUCUGUUGGUGCUGCUACUGCCCCGGCUGGAUUGCCCUCCAACCCACUGGCCUUCAACCCUUUCCUCCUGUCCACCAUGGCUCCAGGCCUCUUUUACCCGUCCAUGUUUCUACCUCCGGGACUGGGAGGAUUGACACUACCUGGGUUCCCAGCGUUAGCAGGACUUCAGAAUGCCGUGGGAGCCGGUGAGGACAAGGCUCCCGACAAGGUCGAGGGCAGCGCCUUUCAGGAGGAAGAGAACCUAGAAGGCAGUGAUGCCGAGGAGAACCUGGAUAAGACUGCGGAGUCCUCCAUCUUAGAAGAUGAAAUAGCACAGGGGGAAGAGCUCGACUCGCUCGACGGGGGGGAGGAAAUAGAAAACCAUGGAAACGAUGAGUAACCCUGUGCCAGUUCCAGUUAAAGUGUUUCAAACUUUUUGACAAGUGGUAGUCCUACUGUUUACACUCACAGUUAAUGUUCAUACCUAGUUUUAUAAGCUGUUCUGUAACAUAGUGUAGCAAAAAAAAAAAAAAGAAAGAAAAAGAAAAAAGAAAAGAAAAAGGAAAAAAAAAAAAAGUCCAAGUCAUGUUAUACAGGUAUGUCAAAAGGUAUCUUGGUCAUGGAGUAUUGUGCAGUGCAUUAUUUAUUAUCCCUAGGAGAGAUGAAAUUUGAGAGGUGAUCAUGUCUUUUUUAAGGAAACUUACAUAAUGCUCUGCUUUUUUAUUUUUUUUUUUCCCCUUUCCUUUUGGUACCAUCGGUAUUAUAAUAAAGAGCGAUUUUUAACUGGAGUGGCACUAAUGGAAGGAAGUGCCGCUCAAAGGAAAUAUGAAGUUAUAUAUUUAAUUUUUUUAUCUGAAUUCUUUUGCUGUGAAGGUCAAGAUGAAAUUUACCACGCAUAUCAUACCUGUCCAUUGGUCUCCCUGUUUAACUGUAUGGCGGGUCCCCUUCCCCCCGUGCAGCCACACACAUCCACACUCUGACAAUCUCCACAUCGGUGUGAACGCCUCUGACCCGAGGUGCAGCAAUAAUAAGGCAGCUGUUGAAUGUGAAGGAUCCCUUUGGAAACUUACCUACUGGGAGGGUUCUUGCCGGAUAGAACUACAGUUCCAUUGUCUCGUGGUCUUGUAAUGCACUGGUAUAAGCAAAAUAAAUAGAUGAAUAAAUAAAGCGUGAGAGAAGAGAGAAUCAGGUACCUUUUUUUUAAAUUAAAGGACUUUGUUACUUUAGCCACAAAGCUAAAACAGCAUUACCUCAGCUCGAAACUAGCCUUGAAGUUUACAGACAUGACUUUGUAAAUGUAUUGUUUUUCUUUGUUGUGAUGUCCUUUUAUUUUUUUUCCCCCCUUUGGAAACUGCUAUCAUGUAAGAUAAGAUGUAAAUUGCUGCCAACUGUAGUAAUGAUGCUUUUAAUAAAAGUGACCCAUGAUAUGCAGAGAUGUCA